ACAUCCACUCUGACACACGCACACACAUACACACACACACAACUCGAGUGCGCUGCCGGCAAUGGAGUUAAAAUAGUACGAGAAAAAAAUCGUCAAAGUUGUCCGCGAGUCACGCCUUAUGGAUUGAACUCAGCGUCUCUUGGGGAUUUCUGCAUUUCAUAGCCAGGAGGGAAAGAUGUGGAGAUACACCAACUUGUUUGCUUGUCUUCUGGUUUUGUGUAAGGAUGCCACCGCUCAGAGCAAGAUCUUUGGGGAGACGGAACCUGUUCGGAUGACGUCAGAGGGCUCAGACUGCCGCUGUAAAUGCAUCAUGCGACCCCUCAGCAAGGACGCCUGUCUGCGGCUGCGGAGCGGCAGCGUUCGCGUAGAGGAUUUUUACACCGUGGAGACGGUCAGCUCUGGAUCUGACUGCAAGUGCUCGUGCACAGCCCCCCCAUCCUCCCUCAACCCCUGUGAGAAUGAGUGGAAGAUGGAGAGGCUGAAAAAACAGGCUCCUGAGCUGCUAAAGCUCCAAUCCAUGGUGGACCUCCUCGAGGGAACUCUGUACAGCAUGGAUCUGUUGAAAAUCCACUCGUACAUCAACAAGGUGGUCUCCCAGAUGAACAACCUAGAAGAGACAAUCAAAACAAACCUUACACGAGAGAAUGAGUUUGUUCGGGACAGCAUGAUGAGCCUCACCAACCAGUUUAAGAGAUAUGAAAACUACUCGAACAUCAUGAUGAGCAUCAAGAAGGAGAUCUCCAGCCUGGGCCUGCAGUUGCUACAGAAAGACUCCACUGAGAGUAAAGCACAGGACACUAAUGAUGAGAAAAGCAAGGAUGCUGUAAAAAUAGCUAACAAAAAGACCCCUGCACCCAAACCGCCUCCCAAAACGCCUCCCAAAGCGCCUCCCAAAACGGCCAAAGAAAAGGCCGUAAAGCCCAAGAAAGAGAUCGUCAAGCCCGGGAAGCCAGUGAAACCGGCCCCUACAGCCAAAGCCAAGGUGGCUGGCCAUCAGCCCGGCGUGGUGAGAGGCAUCACCUACUACAAAGCUGCCAAGUCCAACGAAGAUGAGCACAGCAGAGACCACUCUUCCAGAACCUACACUGUCCACCACGUCAAGGAAAGCCAGUCCGAGGAUGGAGGAGCCGAAAUGGUUCUGGAGACCAUAGAAACAUCCAUGGCUGACCCCACUGGCAAUACUGCAGUUCGUCCUACCGUCACCACCACCACCACAGCUACCACCACAACAGCCACCACUACUGCUCCCACUACUGUCACCACCACCACCAGUGCAGCAGCAGCACCAGAGAGACCAGCUCCUACCAUUGUGCUAGUGCUGGACAACUCCGACAACAACAGCCGGCCCAUUCUCCACAGAGCAGGGAAGAUCCUGAACUGUGAAGGGACUCUAGCAUCCAUUGAGCUGCCUGAGAAGCAGCACAGCUAUGGACGGAAUGAAGGAGCCUGGAUGAAGGAUCCUCUGGCCAAAGACUCCAAGAUCUACGUUACCAACUAUUAUUACGGCAACAACCUGGUGGAGUUCCGCAACCUGGACAACUUCAAACAAGGCCGCUGGAGCAACCUUUUUAAGCUGCCCUACAACUGGAUAGGCACAGGCCACGUGGUUUACAACGGAGCCUUCUACUACAACAGAGCUUUCACCAAAAACAUCAUCAAGUACGACCUGAGGAUGCGCUACGUGGCAGCCUGGACGCUGCUGCACGACGUGGUCUACGAGGACACCACCCCCUGGAAGUGGAGGGGCCACUCCGACAUUGACUUUGCGGUGGACGAGAGCGGUCUGUGGGUCAUCUACCCUGCCAUGGACUAUGACUACCACCAGCACGAGGUCAUCAUCAUCAGUAAGCUUGACCCCGGAGACCUAUCCAUGAAGAAGGAGACAACCUGGAGGACAGGCCUCAAGAGGAACUCCUACGGGAACUGCUUCAUUAUCUGUGGUGUGUUGUACGCUGUGGAUGUGUACAACCAGAAGGAAGGCGAGGUGAACUAUGCUUAUGACACCCACACCAACACUGAAGCCAUCCCACAUCUACCAUUCACCAAUGAGUACGCCUUCACCACCCAGAUCGACUACAACCCCAAGGAAAAGGUCUUGUAUGCCUGGGACAAUGGCCACCAGCUUACAUACCGGGUAAACUUUGUCGACCAGUGAGCGCAGCCAGUUUGCGCUCCAGAUAAGCUUACAGUAGGCCAGUCAGUAUGGCACCUUAGUAGAAAGGAAACGCUCAGUAUUUGACAGCCCAGCCGCAGCCAUAUUGGCCACAACAGGACAAAGGAUGAACCUACACCAGCCUUUAUAUACCAAUGCACACUAAUCGAGGACCUGACCUCACAGUGUACCAAACAUACACUUCUCAAACACUGUGAAAGUGUGUUGGGAUGUGACUGUACUAUAUGUUAAUGGAGAGGACAGAGUACAACGAAUGAAGAAGUCAAUUCCAUUUUUGAUUGAUCAGUUUGGAAGAACACGCUUCAAAUAUUCUCUGAUCAUACUUUGGAUAUUGGGGUUUGCCAUUCUCAGAGGCAGAGCUGCUAUGGAGAGCAAGAAAAUUAUUCCCCCACCCCUAAAAAAAAAAAAAAAAAACUAUGAGAAAAUGAUAAAAAAAAAAAAAAAACCUAGUAAAAAAAAUUACCAGAAAACUAUAUUUAUAAUUAUUCUAAUUAUACUUAAGAGGGCGACACAGGCACUCCACAAAUCAGGAAAUGUGACAACAAGGAAAGAAAUAUUUACAAGAUAUUUAAUGUGGUGGCUAAAUCGUUAAAAAAAAAAAAUUGUUUUCCCCAUUUCCAAGAACACCUGACACAUUACUGAUCUUUGUUUGAUCAUAUAGAGCAACAAGUCACCUUUUUCUGUUUAUUAUAAUUAUACAUUUAAAAUUAUAUGACAAGAAAGCCCAUACAAUGACCCCCAAAAAAUGAAUAAUUGAAAGAAUUUUGUUCAUUUGGUGAAAUAAAAAUAAAAUCUUGUAGGUUGUUCACAUUUUGGACCUACAUUCCUGUAUUAAUGGUAAAACUCAAGGGACCCCUCAUGACCUGUCUUCCUGGGCCCCAGUUAGACAUUACUAGGUACUGACUGUAAUCAUUAAGGUUUAACUCAACCAGUGAGAUUAUGUCUGCCUCCAGAGCAGCUCUUCUUCUGAGAAAUGUUUGUAGGGCUCAAACUCUAAUCUGCUAUCAAUUCACUGGCCCAUCAACUCCAUCCUAUCACCAAGCACUUUGAUCAUGAUUCUGCUAUGUUCAUUAUUCCGGCCUGAAGAUAUUGCCUUUUUACCAUUGAUGUUGUUUUGAGGGAUGUGUUGAAUAUAAUAUGAACUCCAAAAAAACAAAACAAAAACAAAAA